GGAAAUAUGGACAAAUCUGAAGUUGUUUAUUUGGCCAGAAACCCAAAGGAUGUUUUUGUUUCCUAUUAUCAUUUUGCCAAAGCUGCAUGCGCACUAGAAAAAGUAGAAGACUUUGUAAUUUUCAUGGAGAGGUUUUUGGCUGGAAAGGUAUUUGCAAGUUCAUGGCUGGACCACCUGGAAGGCUGGUACGCUCACAGAGAUGACUUCAAUAUUCUAUUUCUUACCUAUGAGGAAAUGAGUAAGGAUCUGAGAAGCUGUGUAUUGAAAUUAUGCAACUUCCUGGGAAAGAGACUGACGGAAAAGGAGGUGGAUGCUGUUGUGGAUCAGGCUACAUUUAAUAAAAUGAAAGCAGAUCCCAGGGCAAACUAUGAGUUCUUGCCACCGGAUCUCAUGGACCACAGCAAAGGACAUUUUCUUCAGAAAGGCACUGUUGGAGACUGGAAGAACAUGAUGACAGUCGCACAAAGUGAAAGGUUUGACAGUGUUUUUAAGGAGAGAAUGGAAAAGCUGCCCUUCAAGUUCUGCUGGGACAUCCAUGAUGAAUUAUGAGUCUCCUUCCAGCUUGAAAGAAGAAAAUUGUAUACAGUGUGGGACACGACUAAUCCAUAGCUUUUGUCAAUGGAGAGGAUAAAAAACCCACUUAAAACAUUCUUUGUGCAUCACAAUAUGC